AUGAAAUUGACAGAGCGAUUAAGAAACUUGAAGCUCUUCGGUGAGAAGAAGGGAGCAGAGAUGUUCGAAUUCAAUAGAGUUAUAGUUCUGUGUUAUAUUUUCGAAAAUGAGAAAGAAGAUUUGAGAGUAAUUCUGACGAAGAGAUCGUCAAUGCCCUCCUCUAAUUCAGGAGAUGUUUCUAAUCAUACGACGUUGAGGGAGGCUAAGGAGGAAAUCGAUUUGGAUCUUUCUUGUGUGAACGUGGUGGCUAUUCUUGAACAAAUUGUGUUGAAGAAUGGUACUUUUGUAGUUCUUGUGAUGACGGAAGAAAAACAUAAGGAUGCAGAAAAGUUCGCAUUUGAAGAGACAAAGAAGGAAGAUGAGGAUUCAGCUGAUUCAGUUGAUGGAAGUAUGAGGUAUCAUUGA